AUGUCCAAUAAUGGGUCAAAAUACACGGUUCCUAUAAAACCAAUUCGAGACCUUCUAAACCCGAAAUUUGAAGGGUAUAAGCUAAAAGUUUUCGAUGAAAAUUCGCGAUUACUACACUUUCGACUUCCACCACCUGGAAUAACAUUAUCUAAAAUACCAACAAAUAAAAAAUUAUCAUAUAAAGAAAUUCUAAGUCGAAGUCAUUUUAAUCAUUUAUUUAAAGGCUUCGAAAUAAAAGAAAAAGUAAUUUGUUUUUAUUUUGAUUCGGAAAAUUUUGUGGUAUUAGUCGAAUAUGAUAUGGUAACAAGUAAUAUUGUAACCCAUCGUCUUCUAAAGAUCCAACAACCAAAUUAUUCUGGAAAUGUUGGGGAAAAAAAUUCUUCACAUCAAUUAUAUUCCAAUUAUUCUUCCUUACGAGCUCUCUCAUCAAAUUUAAUACUCGUAACAAAUGGAUCAGGAGAGUUUGUUCUUGUCCAAAUUACUAAAAAUGAUGAUACUAGUUUAUACUCUUCCGAAAUUUUAUAUCAGGCUGGGUUUCAAGGACAUUCACCAAAACUUCAUUCGAAUUAUAUACCAUGUGUUUUACUCGAUGGUAGAAUUGUGGGAGAUGAUAUCCUAUUUAUAGUUUAUAAUCGUGCUUUAAAUCCUAUGUCAAGUGAUCCAACAAAGGAAGUGCAAAAUGUUUUAUUUGAUAUUAGUUUAUUACAAAUUCCGUUGACACCACCAUUUGGAAUGAAAAUUAUUCAUGUCCUUCGUGGACCAGAUAUUCCUCUUUAUUGUAGCAUUGAAUUUGAUGGAACUGGGUAUGUAAUCGGUAGCAAUUCAGAAUAUGAAGUAGUGUACAAAUUAUCGACUCAAGAGGACACUAUGGAGCCAAUGGACAUUGAAAAUGAUCAAAAGUCAGCAGAGCAAAAUGAAAAGUCAACAACUGUUCAAGAAGUAAAGAAUACAUCACCAUAUAUUUGGACACAAACUCCUACGGAUAUUACCAUUUAUUUUCAAUUACCACGAGGAACACCGAAAACUGCCAUUCAUUGUAAUUUUUCUCAAACUCAUCUUUCAUUAACAGUUAAUCUUGGUGAUACUCCUCCUUACACUACCGAACAUCCACCCAUUCCUUGUUAUGCGUUUACUCGUUUAUUUGACCUGAUUGAUCCAAGUGUUUCUUUGUGGACUAUUGAACCAACGAUUGGCCUACUCACAUUACACCUUGAAAAGCAAGAUCAUAAUACGCGCUGGUCGCAUGUCUUCCAACACGAUGAUGGAGUUUUUGAGACUCUUGACCCAAAUGAAUUUGCCGAAUUCCGCGAACGUUUGGAAAAAUUCACAGCAGAUGCCAAUGAACAAUUAAAUCAAUCAGAGUUCAAGCGUCUUCAACAUCCAAUUGGUCAUGAGAUGGAAGAGUCCAUUGAUUAUGAAGGACAAUCAUCCAUCUUUAUGUGGUUUGAUCGAGAUGGUAGUUUAUCAGCAAAAGCGUCUGGUGAUAAUGAAUUUCUCUGUAAACAAUUUGAAAAUUUAGAAAAUACUGGAUUUUCUGACAAUAUUUCGUCAUUACCUUCUGUUUGUUUGAAAUCCGACGUGGAUGGUAUUGUAUAUUCAAUUAGACAUUCAACCGAUUCUUCUAUAUCAGUCGUGUCACCUUUAAUAAUGACACAUGUUGCAACUUUUAAUGCAUUUGCAUUUGUUCAAGCCUCUAAACGGGAAAAGCGCUUUAUGUAUCACGAUCCAGAAAAUCGUUUCGCGAUUAUUCUUGAAGGGGAUCAUCGAGCUUUUGUUUAUAGACGUCAUGAAAGUUGUGAAAAUCAUGAUGAGCAAUUUGUAAUAGAAUUGGCAGUCAAUUCUAACGAUGAUUCAGAAAUAAUUGGUGUGCAAAUGGUUUCGAUUGAGAAUGCGCAUAUCAUGAUCCUUAAAUCAAAUUCGAUUAUGUUAAUAAAAUUAUUAUAA